AUGUCUUCAACAGCAGAAUCAGCCUCAAACGUGGCAGGAAUCAGCUCUGCCAGAAUGUUGUAUGAAUAUGCACCCCUGCCCGAGAGUAACGCAUUUCGCGUCCUGAUUCUAGAGCCCGGUGGAGUUGACGACACUCUGUGUUGCUCUCUUGAGAUAACAACCCUCAACAAGCCCAUCCCGUACGAAGCCAUCUCGUAUGUAUGGGGAAACACGCAUCGGGACCACCCCAUCCGCAUCAACGGCCGAGCCGGCCACAUCACCGCCAACCUCUGCCGCGCGUUGCAUCGGAUGCGUUUACCCGACCAGUCCCGCGUCCUCUGGGCGGAUUCCAUCUGCAUCAACCAAGACGACCUGACGGAGCGGGCGAGCCAAGUACUGUUGAUGAGUGAAAUCUACGGGCAGGCAAGACGGGUGCUGCUGCACCUUGGUGAAGACAGCAACCAGGAGGGUGAGGUGGUCCGGUCCUUGGUGCAUGAAAUCGAGGCCAUGGUUCUUGAAGGGGUCAGAGCAGCCGGGGAGUCGUGGGACACAUUUCCAACCCCCAGUCCGGAGGAGCGGGAGCAGUUCCUAGCAGACACGCGAUGGGAGGCUUUCAUCAACAUGACGCAUACGCCAUGGUUCACACGCGGUUGGGUGAUCCAGGAGGCAGGUUCGGCGCGAAAUGGGUUAAUGCUGUGGGGGAAGACCGAGAUCAGUUGGCAGUCGUUCGUGCGUGUUUAUACCUGGAUGGUCCGGAGGCUUCCACAGGUUCGGGUCAAAUACCGGGACGGUGGCCGGGGAAUGAACCGGCUCCAUCUCGAGAUGUACCGGCUGAGGCACAAGGGGGAGACCAUGCCGCUCUACGCAAAACAGUCAUCCCAGUUUGACUUUCUCAUCGUGCUCCAUGAUGCUCGGGCUCUCUCUGUGCGGGACGCGCGGGAUCGGGUGUAUGCCUUCAUGUCACUGGCAACAUCGGCCGGGCUAAGUCUCCACUUUCAACCGGACUAUUCUGAACACAAGACAGCCAGAGACGUCUAUUUGGACAUGGCGAGAGAUUACGUCAACUCGAUGGGGGAUAUCAGCCUGUUGCAUUGUGUACAACACACCGGGAACAGUAUGAACGAAAAGUUUCCCUCAUGGGUACCUCGAUGGGAUCUCAACCUAUUCGACAACAUCAUCACUCACACGUCAGGCCCAGCUCUCAUACCCACCGAGCUGAGACCUAGCGUUUCCCACGACAACGCCUUGGAAGCCAAGGGGCUCAUGUUUGACGACAUCAUCUUCACGUCUGAUGUGCUUUCGCGAGAUGUCUCCAUGAGCGACAUCAAAAUGCUCUGGAACCAGAUGCUCGACCUUCUCCCUGUGGCAUUCACCAACCCGUCACCCACUCAUGGCAGUUUCGCAGCGUUAUCAUUUGCCCACGUGCUAUCUGUGGGCCGAUCAUGGGGCGCUGAAUGGCCCGAAUGGGUGGAAUGGAGGACUGCCUACAUGGAGUACUUGUGCCAGGAAGAGCCUACAAGGCGGGAUUCUGUCCCGCGGCCUCCUCCAGACAUUGCUAGGAAUGGUAUCCAAGGAUUCCACACCUACGCUCAGUGGAACGUCCAUAAUCGACGUAUUGCUGUCACGAAAAGAGGGCUUUUCGCCUUGGUCCCCUCGCCUACUCAGACUGGUGAUAUUUGCGGCGUGUUUCUCGGUGGGAAGGCGCCGUGCAUAUUGCGCAGAGCGAUGACAGCUAGGACGUAUCGGCUUGUUGGUGAUGCGUGUAUCCCUGUUAACGUAUCACGUCCCAGCACAGGUGGUGGAUUAGUAGUCUCGGUCGGAAUUGAGAAUAGCGGAAGGGACUUGUUGGAUUGGAGUGUUGAAGAGGAGGAUAUUCGGCUUUGCUGA